AAAACGCCUCUCUCAAUAUGGCGGCGGCGUUGCCCUCCGAUUCUGAACUGACGCGCAUGCGUCGUCAACGCGCUUACGUCUGGGAUCGAACCCCAAUGACCAAAGAUUUUCACGCCUGGGAAAAAGAAGGAUUCCUCGCGUAUCCCCGCUCAAAGCUGCACGCCGAUGGGAAGGCAGAAGCAAGGAUCCGCAUGAAGCCGCCCCGCACCGCUCGGAUGAGUCCCGUCCAGAGCCAGCUGUGCCCCGGCGCCCGGCCGACGACACCACCGAGGGAAGUCCCGGCAGGUCUGCUCUGAUCGGAUCGGAUCGCCUCUGCGUGGAUCCGAAGAGUUGCAGUUUACCAGCGAUCUGUCCGAUGAGCCUGGAGCCAUGUCUGUCUCAACGGUUUUGGCGAAGGCGCUGUACGACAACGCGGCAGAGAGCCCGGAGGAGCUGGCUUUCCGGAAGGGCGACAUCCUGAUGGUCCUGGAGCAGAAGCAGGCCGACGGGCCGGGCUGGUGGCGCUGCUCCCUGCACGGCAAGCAGGGCAUCGCUCCCUCCAACCGCCUCAAGAUUUUGCCGACCGCCCCGCCGCCGGGCUCCGACCCGGCUCCCGGGUCCAAGGAGGAGUCCGUGUACCUGUCCCCCGGCCCUCCAUCGGCUGCCGGCGGUGAUGCAGACGGGGUCUACCUGUCCCCGCCUGCCACGGGCGGGGCCGCCGCCACUCGGACCGGAGAGCUACGGCGGGUGGAGGCCGGCCGCCCGCGCUCACACUCCAGUUCCGGCACUCGGCCCAGACCGGACUGGGAUAUCGGGGCGGAAGGACGACCGCGGUCCCCAUCUUUAAGGGGGCGGGGCUCAGAAAUGUCUGGAACUCUUUACCAGAAGCCGCGAAGCGCCGUGCCCUCUGCCGCUCUCAUGGCUUCGGAGUCGGUUUACCUUUCCCCCAGCGGAGCGCCGAGGGCUGCUGAUGAACCGGAAGACGCUACCUACCUUAUUCCAAGGGACAAACCAACCCUGGGGACUUCAGACGACUGCUACCUGGUGCCCAGGGGGACGCCGCUUGCAGGUGACGAUGUUUAUCAGUCCCCAACAGGUGGUGGCGUGAACAGUGGGACCCCUCAGCCCAAAGCAAGCCAGGACGCACCCGGAGUGUACCAAACCCCCACGCCCGUCGGAUCGAGCCCACAGCGGCCGCCGGCCACAGUUCUGGCCCACCAGCACCCGUCUUCGCUGACCCCCACCCAAGCGUCCCCCCGACCCUUGCUCAAGGGCGUUCCUCCGAGCCCCACUGCUGCCAGGGUCAAACCGGGCACCGCUGGUCACCGGGGGUCCCCGUUGUUAGUCAGAGCAGGGCAGCCUCGGGCCCCAGGGUCUCCAAACUUCGCCCGCAAACCCCCUCCGCCAGCACCCCCCGUGAGAGGGGUCACCAAGAAAGAUGCGACGGCGCCUUCGUCGGCCGCCUCUGUCCCCAAGCUGCCGGCAGGGCCUGCAGGCCGGCAGCCAGCGGAGGACAGGCAGAGCAGGACGGCCCAGGGUAACGGAGAAAAGACGAGCAGCGGUGUGCAGAACAAAGCCGGAGAAAAGCAGGAUUCCUCGCACGCCGCAGCGGACCAGGUGUACGACACGCUCCCCAGUGGCAGGUGGCAGCAGCCCGUCCAGGCCACCCGCACAGAGGACGCCGAUGGCAUCUAUGACACCCCACGCAGCGUCCAAUCACACGCUGACCCUGAGACGGAGGUCUACGACGUCCCUUCAAUCAUUCUGAACAAACCGCCGUCACCCAUCAAGCCCGAGGAAGACGAGGACGAUGUCUACAGCGUCCCCACGCUCCCAGGCGUUCCUCUGGGCCCCGCCGAGUCCACCUACAGCCUCCUGGCUGACGACGCCGCCCUCGUCGGACAGGUCGCCUCUGUCCCGGGGUCUGAACCGCGAGCCGGCGGCGCCGAUCAGAAGCGAGACUCCUCCGAGCCGGACGGCGGCAUCUACGACAUGCCUACCCUGACCAUCGAAGUCCUCCCCCGUUCGUCGUCCUCGUCGUCCUCCUCCGCCUCCACCCGCCGGCACUCCGUGUCCAGCAACGGCUCCGGCGACGUCCAGUGGAAAGCCUCGCUGUCCAGCGCCGUGCACUCUCUGCUGGGCACGGCCUCCUCGCUGUCGUCGCGGGACCUGGCCACCUCUCUGGCUGAGAUCCUGUCGUCCUGGAAGGCCAGCCACGCGGGCGACCCCCCGCCCCCCCUCCAGCAGGCCUGGGCCCGGCUCUCUGACCUGCUCCCGGCGUUGGCCGCCGUCGGGAACGCUCCCCCCUCUGACGGGCUCCUACCGCUGGUCCAGCGCUCCCUGGAAGAGUGCGGCCUCCUCUUGCAGGCUCAGGGGCGACCUCGCCUGUCUUCCCAGGAGUCUCUGUCUCGCAGGCCUUUGCCCGCGCUGCCGGUGCCUGAUGGGAAGUCGUGCGGGGGCGGGAUGGGUUCCCGUAAGGGCAGCUGGAUCCAGGAGCGGCCGCUGCCCCCGACGCCCCAGCCCGUGUUUUCUCUGCCUCCAGCUCCGGGCGGCAUAACCCUGACAAUGGGCCCCGUCAACGGAGAGGAUGACCCCAGCAACGAGUACGCGGGGAUAGGCUUGACCCCGGCCCCGGCGCCGGUACCCACGGGAGACAGCGUUGGAUACGUCAAGCUGCAGGGGAAACCAGACCUUCCUCCCGGCGUUCUCACUGAGAACGGACAGACUUUCUCUGGAGAGCCAAGGCUGACUCCAUCUCCCCCGCUGCCGCUCACCCUCUCCCUGGAGGACUCGGAGCUGCUGUCCUUCUACUCCUCUCAGAGCCUCGCCCACCUCUCCUGCCUGGCGGACGCCGUCGACGUGCUCUACAGCAGCGUGCACGGCAACCAGCCGCCUCGCAUCUUCGUCGCCAGAGGGAAGAGUCUCAUCGUGACCGCGCACAAGCUGGUGUUCAUCGGGGACACCCUGUCCCGCCUCCUGACCUCCGCCGACCUGCGAGCCAAGAUCACCACUUCCGGGGGGAGACUCUGCCAGUCGUUGAAGGCGGUCGUCGUGGCAACGAAGGGCGCCGCACAAAACUACCCGUCAGGAUCCGCCGCCCAGGAGAUGUUGGACCGCGUCAACGAGCUCUCCCAUCAAGCCGCCGGUUUCUCCGCUCUGCUGCAGCGUCUGGCUCAAAUCUCUUCUUGAUGUUUCAUACCACUUGCGUGGAAACUAUAUAAACACUACACCUAUAUUUUAGUGUUGAAAUGCCUUAUUUGUCUUCACACUAUUAUAUUUCCUUACCUUUUUGUCUGUGAGGGAAGCCAUGCCCGGCACCAUGUGUUUUUUGCCACAUUGCAGCUGUUACUCAGCUGGGGUUUUUGUUGCAUUGGUUCUUUCUACAGAGAGUGUGUGUUUUUCUUAUUUUUUUUUUUUAUUUUUCUUUGGUCUCUGUGAGGUUUUUUUGCUUUGAUGGCGGACGGUCUUGUUAUUUUAAGUGUUAACUUAUUGAAUACUGAAAACCCUCUGAGGUCGGAGCAGUCCGCGUGGACCUGUUAUUUUGGGAGCUUUGCUUUAAUAUGCUUGCCAUAUUUCCUUUUUCUUCGCACAUGAUGGCUGUUUUUCUUCCUUCCUGUAUUUAUUUAGCAAGCCCCCCCCGUUCCAAAAAUAGUCCAAAAAGAAGGCCUUGUGUUCCUGUUCUGGCCUUCCUUUUGUACAAUGAUACCCGAUAAGCCUUUUUUCAUUACCCUGAAAGCAUGUUGACUUUUGUAUUUCAAAGCGUGCGCUACAGGAAAGUUCACCCAGUCCGCGUCUUGAUCUGUGGAGUUCUGGGUCCACUUCCAUCAGAGGGCAAAGUCUACGCCGUUACUCACAAUUCCCACGUUUACGUGACGCGUCACUCGGCACAUUCUUCAGUCAACCGUUAUGCAGGUUAAUAUAGUGUUUAAGGACUCGGCAUGUUUCAAAGAAUGACUAAUGACGGUUUGGUGAGAAAUUACCUAAUCCCGUUCUUUCCCACAGUCGGAUAGAAACCUCGCUAAGGACAAGAAACCUGUUGACUGAGUUCACCUGUCGUGACACGUCUUGUUUGGAUGUGCAUCUUUGCUUUGUCUUUAAUCUUCAUUUCCCCCAAGAUACCUACCAAUGAGCCGUACUUAUGCCUACUUUAGUAGAUAAAAGAAAAAAGGCUGAGACCUAUGCAUGGGCGGUAUAACUUCUCUCUUUACGGUGUCAGUUUUACACCAAAACCCAGACUUUUUGAAAUGGCCAAUGUGACCAUGUUGAAGUUCACUAGGUUGACAUCACUGCAAUAUUAGAUACACUACAUCAUCCGACUAAGAGAAAACAGGCAUGUUUUUGAAGUUUCUGGAUGACACCCGGUCAUCAUGAGUAUUGAGUAACAUGUUGGCGCUAUGGAACAACUCAAAACAGUUUGAGCAACAUAUUACAAUCAAAUCAGCACAAAAGGGCUUAAAGUUGGGAUAUGGUUUUUGAUUAAAGGUUACGUAUCUUUCAUCUGGUCAUUCAUACGACUUAAUACCGGACUCCUUUUCGUGGAUUUCGAAAGAUUUUCCUUUAAGGGCUGUGAUGACAUUGUCUUGUCCACCCGCGCCACCUUGUGGUAUCCUGAAGUAUUGCAUAAAAGCUACCUUGCCUCCCCAGUUUUAUUUAUGAGUAAUUUGAUCGAUAGUUAACCAUAUUGUUCCUUUGUUGCUCUAUACUGUCCUGUGUAUGACUUUAAUUAUAUAUAUAUAUAUAUAUAUAUAUAUAUAUAUAUAAUCUCAAUCAUCUGGAAGAUUUGAGCGGUGGAUUCCAAUGUUACAAUGUCAGUUUCUUAUCCAAUAUUUUGCAUAAUACACAGGUAUGGGAUUUUCUGUCGUACAGCUUAUUUCAUUGUUAAGAAACCGUCUUACUUUGAACACUACGUUUGAUGUACGUCUUUUGUAUUUCUGUUCAGAAAUAGAGUUUUUGCAAGAAA